AUGAGAUUCCAGCUCUCUCAUCUCUUCCUUCUCUUCUCUCACAUUUCCUUCUUCACCUCUCCUGGUAUUGUUUCAGCUCAAUGCCUCGAAUACCAGAAAAAUGCAUUACUACUAAUCUUCUCCAGUUACUCGGCCCUCCCAUCUUGGACAUCCAACGGCUCCGAUUGCUGCUACUGGGAUGGCAUCACGUGCGACAAUGCCACCGGUCACGUGAUCUCGCUUGACGUCACCAACCGCUCCAUCUCCGGCGCCAUCAAUUCCUCUACCCUUUCCAGCCUCUCUAGCCUCCGAUUUCUCAAUCUCUCUUACAAUAAUUUCAAUUCUCCCAUCCCACCCGACCUAGACUUGCUCUUGAAUCUCACCCAUCUCAACCUCUCCAAUUCGGGUUUUACCGGCCAAAUCCCAACUGCAAUUGCUCGCAUGAACAAUCUGGUCUCGGUCGAUAUAUCCACCCUUUAUUUUUUCAGCCUUACUUCUCUCAAACUAGAAGAACCGAACAUCCAAACGCUCAUUCGGAACCUGUCCGGAUUGAGAAAACUCCAUCUCGAUGGUGUAAACAUCUCUUCUGCAGUGCCCGAGUUCUUAUCGGAUUUUACUAAUUUGACAAGCCUCAGUCUCAGUUAUUGCCAGCUGCAGGGAGAAUUCCCUGCAAAGAUAUUUCAAUUGCCCAAGUUGGAGAUUCUCGACGUAUCGACCAAUCCAUUUCUCAAUGGUUUUCUCCCUGAAUUGCCUCGGGAAAAUGCUUUACGAACAUUGAUAGUCACGGGCACCGGAUUUUCCGGGGAGCUUCCACAUUCCUUCGGUAAUCUCAGGCAUUUGAACAUAUUACAGAUUGGUUCUUGCAAAUUCUCUGGUCCAAUCCCGUCUACGGUGAGCUACAUGAGCGAAAUUGUUCAUUUCGGCCUUUCAUCCAAUGGAUUUACUGGUUCAAUUUCGAGUCUGGGAAACCUGACCAAACUCAUUCAUUUGGACCUUUCAAAGAACAAUUUCACUGGCAGGAUCCCGUCGCUCAAGAAUCUUACCCAGCUGGUUCAUUUGGACCUUUCAUGGAAUUCUCUCAGGGGUUCGAUUCCACCUCUGGAUUCGUUGAGGAGCAUCACGGAUAUAGCCCUUUCUUCUAAUAAUUUAACGGGCACAAUCCCGAACUCCUUUGGAGAUGGACUUCACAAGCUAACAGUUCUGGACCUGCGGAGCAACUCACUACAUGGGAAGAUACCCUCAUCUAUGUUUACUCUUCCAUCAUUGCAGAAGUUGCAACUCAGACAAAACCAACUCAAUGGCCAGCUCGAUGAGUUUGCUAAUGCUUCAUGGACAUUGGAGACGGUUGAUCUGAGCAACAAUCAGCUGCAAGGUCAGAUUCCACAGUCACUCUUCGAACUCGUUGGUCUUAAAGUACUCGAUCUCUCAUCCAACAAGUUCAACGGUACCGUGCAGCUAAGCAUGCUUCAGAAUCUCAAUAAUCUCUCGUGCCUUGAUCUUUCAGAUAACAACUUGUCAGUCGACACUCAUGCGACCGAUCAUUCCUUUCCCCAGCUUGGAAGAUUGUAUUUGGGUUCCUGUAACCUAACAGAAUUCCCAGAAUUGUUGAAGAAACAAUCAAAGAUUGGGUUUCUGGACCUUUCCAACAACAACAUCUCCGGGGAAAUACCCAAGUGGCUAUGGGAGAUUGGAAAUGGGUCUUUAAAUUCUCUCAAUCUUUCUUAUAAUUCACUGACGGGUCUCGAACAACCGCACAAUCUAUCAUCUAUCAAAAAGUUGGGCAUCCUCGACCUUCACUCCAAUCUGCUGCAAGGAUUGAUUCCGCUUCCGCCUCCAUCUAUCAUGGUCCUAGAUUACUCCAACAACAGCUUCACAUCAGGCAUCCCGCCUAACUUCACCAACUCCCUCAAUUUCACCACUUUCUUUUCAAUCGCAGGCAACAGGAUCAGCGGUAAAAUCCCUCCAUCUAUCUGCAAUGCAAAUUGUUUGCAGGUCCUUGAUCUGUCUGAUAAUAAGUUGAGCGGCUCGAUUCCAGAAUGUUUGGGUGAGAUUAGCAGUGUGCUCAGCGUACUGAAUCUUCGGAAGAAUAACUUUACGGGUAUUAUACCUGAGAUUUCAGGUGUGAGCUGCGGUCUAAGGACACUGGACCUGAAUGGAAAUCGACUACAAGGGCAAUUGCCAAGUUCCCUGGCUAAUUGUAGACAGCUAGAGGUUCUUAACGUUGGAAACAAUCAGAUAAAUGGCCCUUUCCCGUGCUAUUUGGAUACUCUAUACAAAUUGCGGGUUCUUGUUUUACGGUCCAACAGAUUCAGUGGUGCUAUUUUCCCGCCCCGUAAUGGCUCCUUCCAAAAGCUACAAAUUAUGGACCUCUCUGCAAACGGUUUUUCAGGUAAUCUACCUCAGCACUUCUUCAAAAAUUUGCAUGCCAUGAUAUCAGGGAAGGAGGAUGAAGACCCAGGCCUCCACGAUCAGAUCAGCAAAUCCAGAUUGGAUCUAACCACGCUGUACUACCAGGACACAGUGACGGUCACAUGCAAAGGGCAAGAUAUGAAACUCGUGAAGAUCUUGACCAUCUUUACAUCCAUAGAUCUUUCGAACAACCAUUUUGAAGGCGAAUUUCCGAAGGAGAUAGGAAAUCUCAAGUUGCUCUACAUUCUUAACCUGUCACGCAAUGGGCUUACAGGCCCAAUUCCAGCGUCGCUUGGGAACUUGACUCAGCUUGAGUCAUUAGAUCUCUCUCAAAACAAUCUUUCAGGAGAGAUUCCUCAUGAACUGUCAAAGCUGACAUUUCUCGAAGUGUUGAAUCUCUCCUAUAACCAACUUGUCGGAAACAUACCAUUUGCCAAUCAAUUCUCAACAUUUAACGAUGAUACCUACAUUGGAAACCCAAGAUUAUGCGGGCCACCACUGACAAGAAAAUGUGGAAAUACCAAGGCACAACAACCAUUUGCACCUAACAAUGUGGAUUCUCGGUCAACAAGACACAUCAAUUGGCAGCUCAUAUCAAUUGAAUUGGGCUACAUUGUGGGAAUUGGAGCUUUCUUUGGACCACUCAUUUUAUGUAGGAACUGGAGAAGAUGGUACUUCAAACAAGUGGAUAUGACAUUGGCAUAUUACCACGACAGGCAUAACGUUUUGUAA